UCGAUCAGUCGUUCUUCGAGAAAUUUGCUUGCCUCGUAGCGUAGCGUUGUCGACAUUAUUCUCAGCUAAACGGCUGUCAGUGUACGACGCGGAUAGCUAAAAAUGGGCGAGGUACGGCAAUGUUCAUGCUUGCGCACCGAGAUGCAGAGAGGUCUUCCAACCCCAAUUUGUGCAGAAUGUUUUCCAGCGCGAAAACAUUAUCGACUUCUAUCGACAAUUGAGAACAUCCAGAAAGUGAUAUCGACACAUAAAUACAUUCAGCACGACCGCAAAUACAUAUGGUGUCACUGUCACACCUGUAUACAUUUGCCCUAUUUUAUUGAAACGCUGUUCACAAAAACGGGAGCAUAAAUGAGGAUGGGGCAAUGUUUUGACAAUUUGACAGCUGGCAUGUUUACGUUGCAUUGUUUUCGAGUGUACGAGAGAAGGAUCGAAUCGAUGGGCUGUUUCAUGGUACGAAUGUAUGAAGAGAGAAACCAAUCAAAUGAUACAAUUAAAAGCAGCAACAACAACGAUAUCAUCAUACACGAAAACUGAUAACCAUCUCAAUCAUCACCACAGCCAAUACUUGAAACAUCCUCUGAACAUUUACGAGCAGUGCAUUCAAUUGUAGUUAUCGCUAUUUGCUGUCAGUGAGUUUAGAUGUUCUGUGAAAGCCGUAGUGUCAGGGCGUAAACCCGAUUAGAGACUGUUUUAUUUUGCCUGUGAAAAACGCUUCUACUAAAUUCAGUGUAUUUUUUUUUCUUGAAAUGAGCAUCGUAUAGCCAUUUUAGUGGCUUCAUAUAAGUGUUAUUCAUGAGUGGAUUCCAAAACUAGUUCCUUGUAAGGUUUUUCAUCUGGUGAGACAAAGCAGACUUUCUUCUCCAGCGAUAUGCCACCAUUGAAUAAUUACAAUGGGAAUGGUAAUGCAAGUGAUAUCAUAUGUUCGCUCACGCAAUCACAAAUGGCAAUUAACCAAGCAGCAGAUCCGGCAGGAAAGCCCGUGUUUAUCUGCUCUCAAUACGCACAGAAGGUGCUGCUGAAUCUCAAUGCACUACGACAGAAUGCGCGGUUCUGCGAUGUCGAAAUUGUGGUUGGCAAUACAACGAUCCAAGCCCACCGAGCAGUUCUGAGCGGUGCUUCCGCAUAUUUUGAAGCAAUGUUCCGCCCAGAGCUUGGACUCAGCGAGGGAAAGCAAAAGUCCGUCACACUGCACUCCAUGCGGGUCGACAUACUGAAGCUGCUGAUUGAUUUCAUUUAUACAGGACAAGUGGAGAUUAAACAGAGCAAUGUUCAAGAGCUACUGGCUGCGGCUGAUAUGAUACAGCUGCCUGAGGUCGUUGACGGUUGCUGUGAGUAUCUCUGCCGUGAGCUACACUCAUCCAAUGCACUAGGAAUAUUACGGUUUGCCGAGGCGCACAACUGUCGCCAGCUGGCGGAAGCCGCCGCCACUUACGUGUACACGAACUUCCCCAAGGUGUCGCUUGAGGAUGAGCUACUGGACAUUCCCCACGUGAUGCUUAUGAAAGUGAUUUCCUCCGAGUCGUUACGGGUAGAUAGCGAGUAUCAGGUUUUCAAGGCUGCCCUGCGGUGGAUCAAGCAUGACGUGGUCCCACGCAGACGGUAUGUGUUCGAGAUACUGUCGCACGUACGGCUGGCGUUGGUCCCGGUAGGUUUGAUUGAUCAAGCGAUUACCGAGUGCCGGGAUGUAUCGCUUAAAAUAGCGCUGCGAUCGGUGCGAAAAGAUUUGACUUCCAAACGGGGACAGUUGGUGCCGCUUCGUGUUUGUCCACGGGUUUGUGCCAAGAAGAGCAUUUUCAUAAUAGGUGGAUCUCGACGAGAACAAUCGGCCGGCUGGACACCAGCAGAUUGUAUCUUCGAGAGUGUCAUAAAAUAUGAUAUAUUCCGACGAGAGUGGAUUGAGUCUGCCCCAAUGCAGAUCGGACGAAUAUUGCCCGGAGUAGCUUCAUUGGGAGGUAAAAUUUUCGUCAUUGGUGGCGAACGUGGAAGUCAAAUUCUAGCCAACGGCGAAGUUUAUGAUACUCAGAAUAAUAACUGGGAGGCCAUGGCUCCAAUGAUCGUACCCAGAUGUGAGUUUGGGCUUUGUGCACUGGGCGGAACACUAUACGCAAUGGGCGGAUGGAUUGGCGAGGACAUAGGAGGCUCCAUCGAGUGUUAUGAUCCGAUGAAAAAUGCAUGGAGAAUGGUUGGAGAUUUACCAGAACCGAGGUUUAGCAUGGGCGUCGUGAGCUUCGAAGGUCUAAUAUACAUUGCGGGAGGUUGUACCACUUCGAGCCGGCACUUACCUGAUUUGAUAAGCUACAAUCCCGUUACCCACGAAUGGUCUUCGCUGGCCCGGAUGAAUACCGCUCGUUGCCAAAUGGGUGUCGCAAUACUUGAUCGACAUCUGUAUGUUGUUGGUGGGAAUAGCAGCCAGCAGGAGGUGCUAUGUACGGUUGAAAGAUACUCAUUUGAUGAUAACACGUGGACCAUGGUAGCACCGAUGUCGGUCAGUCGCGCCAGUCCUGCUGUGGCUGCUGCCGAUGGUUUGCUCUACGUAGCCGGAGGUGACCAACCGUGUGAAAUCAACUUCUACCGAGCACAGGUAACGAUAGCGUCUUUUGAGUCCUACGAUCCAAUCACAGAUCAGUGGAAACAUUGUCCCGAUUUACCUACCAGUCGAUCCGAAGCUGGUGCCGUUGUAGUUUGAGAACAUUUUGACGAACUUCUCUACAUGUACUGCAAACAAUCUGAGUUUUUAUUUCAAUUCCAAUAUAUUAUUUCCUAGUCUUUUUCUGUUAUUUAUUGAGGUUAUUGCAACAGUAUCAUUGCACCCAGUUCAUACGUUCACUAUGCACCCAUUUGGAAUAUUCUUUCUUGAUUGCGGAUUAGCAACAUAACUAAUGCUGAUAAAAAUAUUUAACCAAAGAAUUUCAUGGUAGCAAACAACAUGUGAUUGAAUGAUAUGAACACACUCUAUUAUUAAGUAAGAGUACAUUUGAGAAUCUUUAUAAUCCGUUGAUCGUUGUGUAUUUUUGUUGAUGUGAUGAUUGGUUGUCGAAUAAUGUUUUUGUAUACUCGUGACUCACCGUUGAUGUAAAAAUCUGAGCUGAAAUAAAUAUUCAUUCAUU